CAGCAGUAGGUCUGUAGCAGCCGUUGGGGUCUGUUGUUGACAUGGAGCCGAUCAAACAAAAGUCUCUUCUCAAUCUGUGCUCGUGUUAUCCGCGUAUAGUGAAACAUUCCAGUGAAGAUGAUAAUAUUUAGCAGAAACGCUGUGUGUGUGAGGAGCUGAUCUUGACUGAAAUGAGGAGGAAAUCGAGCAGCGCGAGUCGUUUGAGACUCAGUCCGAAUGAGGAGGCGCAGCUGGUGCGCGAGGAGCUGGAGAGCCGGAGGAAACUGCGCCUGCAGCAGGUGCGCGAGCAGGAGCGCUACAUCGCGCGGCAGGUGCGCAGGCAGGUGCAGGAGCGCAGACAGCAGCAGCUGCAGAUGCUCGCAGACUCACUGCAGCUCGAGUGGCAGCAGCAGCACACUCACAAACUACAGGCCUUAUCCAGACUCUACCAGCACAGCCUGAAGUCUGUCGGCCACGGACACCGCAGCGCUCAGGAGAAUGAACCUGAUUUGGAGGCUUUGGCUCAGAAGAGUGUGGAGAGGCAGGAGCGAGCGGAAGAGAGACAUCGGGAGGCGCUCCGAGAGCUCAGCGCCCGCAGACACGAGGAGGAGCAACAGCGCUGCAGGCACAUUGAAGCUCGGAGGAAAGCUCUCGUAGAGGAAAAGAAGCGAGCCGUGAAAGUGGCCAGUCUGCCGCCGCCUCCGCCGAACCCAGUGGAGAGCAUUGGGAAGACGACGCCACGUCCGCUCAAGUCCGCAGCAGCAGAACGCUUCUCUGUCACGCACUGUCACAUGCCACAAACCGCUGUGGAACGAGAGACCCACACUGAGCAGCAGCCGAGCGCUCAACAGGCUGCAGCGCUGGAGUUCCAGCGGUUGGAAGAGUUGCGGCGAGAGGAAGCUCGUGACCGGCAGGAACAGCUGGAGAAGGCACGGCUGCGAGGAAACCACGCGCUCCGGAGAGAGCAGAACACGCAGGAUCGUGCGCGGCUGCUCUGUGAGUUGGAGCGAUUGCAGCAGGCUGAUUUGCUCCGCCGCAGACAGACGGUCAACAGUGUGCCUGCGCAGAUCUUCCAGCCUCUCUACAGACAGGAAGAGCUCCGGGAUGAGCAGCAGCGGGACCUUGAGAUCGCCUUUCAGGAUGUGUACACGGAAGAGCGCAAGGUCAAAGGUGACUUGGUGCUGCAGCUGGUACCUGAACCUCUUCCUCCUAUGUCUGCUGCUAGUCAUGAUGAGGAGCUGGAUGUGACCCUUGACCCUGAAUGUGCACCUGAAGGGGAGGAGCCUGGUACCUCAGUGACUGAAGCACCCGAUCCUGGCAGACGGGCUUUGAGGAGACUGCUGGACCGCAUCAGGAGCCAAAGAGCCCGGCAGCGGGCUGCUGCUACGACACUGACGUCACAUGAGGGAGACGCUGAGGUGGAAGUCUUGAGUGUUGAAACGGGAUCUUUGAGCAGCCAGGAAAAAGCACCAGAGGGCAGUUCAGAGGAGCAGACGCCUAGCCCAACACACACUGAUGACGGCGCUGAUAUAAGCGAUGAAGCAGUAGUGGCAGGAACGCUGCUGCCGCCAGAGGAACGAGACCAGCCGAUGCCAGCAUCUGCUGCAAGCGAGAGGAGAGCAACCCAUGAGGAGUUGCUGUUGAGACAGCAGCAGGAGCAGCUCGCUGUGUUGGAGGAGCUAGAGGAGCAACGGCGGGAGCUUGAGCAACGCUUGAGAGAGACUCAACAGAUGAACGAGACGCUGCAGGAAGCUGCUCAGAGGCGUCCUGUGAUUCAGGAGAGUGCAGAGCUUCCUGAGCCGCCUCCAGAGGUUGACUCAGAUGACCUGCACACGCAGAGACUCCAUCAGUAUCAGCAGAGACUCCUGCAGCAGAACAGGCUUCAUAAGAAGAGUGUUGAGGAAGCGCGCCGGCGACUGCAGGAAUAUCAACGCUCUCUGAAAUUACGAUACGGCAUCGGCAGCACAACAGCAGCGCGAGCGACACUCCAGCAGCCUUCUGUGAGCUCCGAGACCGUCAGUGACAGGACACGCUCUGCACUUCCUCACAUUUUCAACCCUGAAGCUUGUGCCGCCCAUCCAGGAAAUGCACCUGCUAGUCAAUUUCCAGCUCGCCCUGUUCAGUCACAGCAGGCUCACUUCAGCCCACCCAAACCCAUCAGGUCUGAUUCGAGCCGCCCCUCAGUCCUCUCAGAAGGGUCACCGCUGGAAGCCCGUGCAGAGGAUGGACAGGAAGUCCAUGUUCCUCUUCCUCCUCCUGCUGUUGUUCUGGAGCUUCUGCGCAGCCGGCUGCAUCAAGCUGCAUGUGCAGUGCCGCAGCACGCUGACAUCACUGGGUCAGUGAUGGCACCUUCGUCUGGUCCUGCUGGCCCAGUCCAGAGGGAGGAGGAGGCAGACAGGCAGGAGACGGUGAGACGGCACAUGAGGAGACAGCGAGACGCCCUGCAGGCUCUGAUCACAGCAGACGUACAGGCUUCAGUGUCUGACUCUAGUGGCACUCAGGCGGAUCAGAUGGUUUUGAACACUCUGCUAAAUGCCAUUGAGGAGGCUAACAGACCCCCAACAGCACCCAUCCAGCAGAACAGAGCCACACUGACCCUCUUAAACGACGGUGUUUAUGAUCCGGCCCCAGUGAAUCGUGGGAGAGUGAAGCCACCAGUGUCUCGUCCACCCGCCCGUUUGGCGUUCUUACGGCAGAUGGAGCAGCAUGAACUCAGUGCUAUACAGGAAGUGGACACUCCCGUCAACGUCAGCCUGGACACAGAGCUGCAGUCUGCUGCUGAUGUGAGCGAGUCCAGCAGUGCGUCUCUGCCUGCACUCGCCUCUGAAGGCAGUCACAGCCCGAGCGACAGGUCACAGGUCACGGGCAGAAUUAGCCGCAUGUCCUGGAGAGAAACGCUCCUGCAGGACUCCACUCCCUCACGAGGUCCGUCCAGUGUGAAGCAUCAGCAGGAGCAGUUUAGUGCUGGUUGUCCAUCAUCUGUUGAACCAGACUAUCUCUCAUCUACGACCAUCUCAACAGGAAGCUACUUCACUAGUGACCAUGAACCAGAUGAUUCUCAUCUCUGUAUUGAUCCUGAUGAGUGCGGCCUGUCACCCGCUGACCGGUCACAGGAGAUGAGCGGUUCUGUACAGCAGAUCAUUGACAAAUACAGCAAAGAGCUGAACGCUUCACUGAGACAUGCAGGAGUUCAUUCAGGUGCAGUGAACUCUGAGUGUCAGUCCUGGUCCAGUGUGCUUCACGAGGAGGUACGAGCACAUGAUGGAGACGCAGCUCAGAUCUCAGGCUCUUUCCUGCCGCUACAGCCCCAUCCAGACAUAGACUCCUCUUCUUCCUCCUCUUCAUCUAGAAAUGUUGUGAGAGAUGAUCAGAGCAGUAGAGCACAGGGCUGGAGCGAGACCGUGAAUCGAAUCCUUGAGCGCCUGUCUGAUCAGUUAUCCAUCAGACAUGGUGAACAGGCACACAGCAGCGCACCAUCUGAACCAUCUCGUCUGUCAUCCUCACUGUGUACCGACCAGGACAGAGCUUCUGAUUCUAGCCACUUCACAAACGAGUCGUUGCAGUCCAUGAUGAACGGGGCUGGUCACAUCUCAAACUAUUCAGACUCGCAUUCAAGUGCUGAGCUCCAAGAUCAGUCGGCAUCUCGUGAGUGGUUUGACGGGGGCCAGUCUGUUUUGAGCCAGUUGAUUGGCAGAGCGUCAGAUAUCGGUUCAUCUCAGGUGUUUGAUCAGAGCAGCGCCCUCGCCGGUGGAGCACAGGAAGUGACUCGGAGCACAGCUGCAAACCCAGUCCCAGCACUGCACUCUAUUCCAGACCGGCUGUCUGAGAUCAGGUCGUUGAUGUCACCUGCUUUGCAGCACCCAGACGAGGACCGGAGUGCCUUUACUGACGCCCCACAUGACGAUGCCUCAGAUUUGUUUCUUCCUCUGCCCUCUGAUGUUACAAACAAUGAGAGCGUGGACUGUUCGACGGCUCUUUGCAUCCCGCUGGAAGCAGAAAAGUGUGGCACAGAUGCAAGCGUCGAUGAUGCCUCUGAUUGGCUGGAGUCAUCAGACCAAUCCCUUCCAUCCCUGCAGCACCUGCGCACAGACACGCUGAUUCAAUCUCAGGCUGACCUGCAGAUAUCCAUGGAGCAGCUCUCUCUUACCCAUGAGUCCCUCUGUGAGACGGAUGUAGUGGCAGAUCCCACUGUCAUGGACAUUAGCCGCAUGCCAUGCUCCCCUCACAAGACCUGUCUACAGGAAGAAAGCCUUACACCCACAGUCCAGUUACCCUCACAGGAAGUGACCUCAGCGAUACCACAGCACCAGUCAGCUGUGGAAGAAAAUGUGCUGAGCGAGCUUCUGGAACGAGCGCAGGCAGCGGGUGACGUGAAGGGCAUUCUUGAGGAGUCCACCAUCUCAUUCAUCAGCCUGCCAGAGUCAACACUACAGGAUCCUGACCUCACAGAAGACUCAGGAAGUGAGCCACAGGAAGUCACAUCUGACCAUAGUGAGGGCAAAGUGCCGAGCCGUACGGUGGAAGACAACAGCCAAUCAGAGGAGCCAGAGCCAACGUUCCCUCAUGCUGUGAUGCUGCUGGAGUUUCAGUGCUCACCUGCUCAACGGCAGCGGCGGGAUGGUCUGGCUCAGAGGUCAGCGCUCAGGGCCGCACAGAUCAAAGCCAGACACUCAACAACACGGCUCGAGCAACACGUGUCCAGAGCCACAGGACGCACAGCCCUCAGAUCAGACAUGGCGGACGGACUGAAGAGUGUUGCUGAGGUCAGGAUCUGCACAGCUGCACAGAGACGUGUGGAAGAGGCAGAGAUGCACCGGCGCACUGAGAGGUUGUACAGUCAGUUAGAGGAAGUUAAACGGCAGAAGGAGUUCCGGAGCCGUCAGGAAUCGUACGCUAAGAACCGGGAGAAAGCCAGAGACUUCCAGAGGAAGACGCUGGAGAAACUGAGGGCCAGAGUGAAGCCAUGAAGAUGUGAUGUCUGUUACUGCUGUUUGUGUUGAUGCGAUUUUAAAAUGUCAAGCACUUUUAUUUCUGUAUGUGUCUGUAUGUUGUGUAUUUUAAGUAAAAUGUUACUUGAUUUUAA